AUGGUCAAUGAAGAAGGGAUUGGAAUAUACUAAUUUAAUGAAUCUCAAAAGAGUUGGUUCAAUCAUCUUAAAAGGAAAACUUAUAAGAAGGAGUCAAUUUUAGAAUAGAAUCAGCCAUGUAUUUAGCUGCCACUGAAGAUGGUACUGUUCAUAGAUGCUCAAAAUCAUAUACAGAAUAAUAUUUGGAUAAUUACUUUUGGACAUUCAGGACCAGUUUAUAAGGUUAGAUGUAAUCCUUUCUUUGGUGAUAUCUUCUUAACUUGUAGUGCCGAUUGGUCAUGCAAAUUAUGGAACUGGACUGAAGGGAGUUACCCAAAGCCAAUUUCUAACAAUAAAACUUAUAAGACGAAGUGUUAGACUUUGAAUGGUCUCCUCACACUUCUGUAUUAUUCGCAUCAGUUUGCAAGGAUGGUAGAUUGGAAACUAUGGGACUUAACCAAGAAUAAUAUGUUAGAUCCAUACUUUACCAUUAUGCCCUAGGAUUAAUAAAUUUGGCCAGCCAAAACUAUGGUCAGAUUUGCUCACAACAGUCCAGUGCUUAUUACUGGGGAUGCUAGAGGUGAUAUUAAUGCUUAUAGAUUAUAUGGCUAUGAGGAUAAUGAUCCAUUAUAAGAGGAAGAGAAGUUGAGAAAAUUGUUAUACCCCAGUGGAUAUUCAAAGGGGCAAAAGGAAUAAAAGGAUUGA